CUUCAGCCUUGAUCUCGGGGGUAUAUCCGCCGUUGUGCUGAAUGGCUAUGAUGCAGUGAAGGAGUGCCUUGUCCAUCAAAGUGAAAUUUUUGCAGACAGGCCAUCACUUCCCUUGUUCAAGAAGCUGACAAACAUGGGAGGAAGCCUCAGUCACCUCGACAUUUCGUAGAUGCAUAUUUAGAUGAGAUGGAUUGCAAUGGAAAAGACCCAGAAUCUACAUAUUCAAGAGAAAAUUUAAUUUUCUCCGUUGGAGAACUCAUCAUAGCUGGCACAGAAACCACAACAAAUGUUUUAAGAUGGGCAGUGUUAUUUAUGGCUCUUUAUCCGAACAUUCAAGGGCAAGUUCAAAAAGAAAUCGAUCUGGUCAUUGGCCCAAGCAAAAUGCCCACCUUGGAGGAGAAGUGCAAGAUGCCCUACACUGAGGCUGUUCUGCACGAGGUUCUGAGAUUCUGUAACAUAGUACCCCUAGGGAUUUUCCAUGCGACUUCCAAAGACACUGUUGUGCGUGGCUACGCGAUUCCUGGAGGCACCACAGUCAUUACAAACCUCUACUCUGUUCACUUUGAUGAAAAAUACUGGAGCAAUCCAGAAGUGUUUUUUCCUGAGAGGUUUUUGGACAGUAAUGGGCAGUUUGUCAAGAAAGAUGCAUUUAUUCCUUUUUCCCUAGGAAGAAGACAUUGUCUUGGAGAACAGCUGGCUCGAAUGGAAAUGUUUUUGUUUUUCACCUCAUUGCUACAACGAUUUCACCUACAUUUUCCUCAUGGAGUGGUCCCGGAGCUCAAACCAAGAUUAGGGAUGACCUUACAACCACAGCCGUACCUCAUCUGUGCCGAGAGGCGGUGAAGGGGAGGGCUGAGAUGGGCAGGUGGAGCACAGUGUGCUCCAAGCAACAGCUCAGGAUCCACUUUGCCUUCUAUUCCUAAAUGUGUUCAAGCCAGAGUAACAAAAAUUUAAAGGACUAAUAGUUUAUUUUUUAUUUGGUUUUCAACCAAAAAAAAAACCCAAAGCUGAACCAAAGGUGUGGAACACAUCCUGUGUUGAACAGACGUUUUCACCCCAGAAGACUAUAUUGAAUCUAACUUCUGAUAUGGUUUUUAAAUAUUUCAUUACUUAGCAAGCCAUUUUACUCUGAGAGAAUAUUUUCAUAAGCAUGGAGAAUAUGGUUUAAAAUGUUUAUGCUUGAAUUCAUCCAUGGAAAUACCAUUUCCAUUAUUCCAGCUAAGCCAUUCUUUAUGAUUAUCCAUUACAUUUUCGUAGCUAAAAGGGCUUUAAACAGUGUCUAUUUGAAUAUCUGUAACCAAGAAUAAACUACAUAUUGCAGCCUUGAAAAACAGAUUGUCUAUUAAAGCAUUUUAAUCCUU